UUCGCUUCGCCGUAGCUGUCAAAAUUUGGCGAACGUUUAUUCUAUUCGACUACUAAUUGAAAAUGGAGAAAACGUUAGUAAAAUUUUGAAAAUUUAUUUAUUGUAUUUCAUUAAUUACAAAUUUAUUUAUUUUUAGAAUAAAACGAACAACUCAAAGGCAAUUUGAGACUAAUGGUGCAAUUGAUGGAAAGAAAUCCGGACUUAGCCAGAGGAUUUGCACCGUUUGGCCCUACAAAAAAGAAUAGAAUGAAGUUGUGGGAGGGUAUUGCUUCAGAAUUGAACAAUGUCGGGCCUCCAAUACGUAGUGGCAGCGAAUGGAAUAAGGUUUGGUUGGACUACAAGCUAAAACUAAAACGGAAAAUUGCAGAUAACCGUAAAGAGAUUGCAGCCACACGUGGAGGACCAUACACCCAACGCAGUCUAACGCCUUUGGAGCAGGCCGUGGACGAGUUGCUCAGUUUGCAGCAGGCAGUGAAUCCAAGCGGAGUCGCCUUUGGAAGCACUGCACCUACACCUGCACCUGCACCUACACCUGCAUAUGUAGAAGAGGAACAUCUGGAAGAUGUCGAGGUUCAGCCUGAACAGGCUGCAAAUAUUAGCAUUUCGACUAGGCAGGCAUCUACAAGCGUGGAGGAGCGCGAAAAUUUGCGUAUGUAGGCUUUGGAAAAGCAAGCGGACACGCAAGAAAGCCUUGUUGGUAUCAUGAAAAACAUUCAUCUAGACACAACAGAAAAAUUUACGAAGUGAAAAAAAGAAAAAUUGGCGCUUUAUAAAAUGAAAGAAGAAA